ACGCUGUUUCGCGUCGGAAAUAUGUACGUGCCGCACUCGAGAAGCUUGUCCAACUCAAAGUCCUUUUCAAACAGUUCAGUCACACCAAGUUAAUGUACAAUUUUCUGGUUAUCGGUAAGUGAUACUUGACUUUUAUCGAUGCAUUAGUAAAGUCUUCGUGCCCGUUGCUAAUAUGCUUUUGGGAAACUUUGUCCUGCAGUACACAUAGUCUUAACAUAUCAAUCGUCCGACUUAAUACUUUUGUUCUGUUGGUUGGUUAAAAUAUCCCUCAUAAGCCUUAGAUAGACACAACAGAUUGGUUAUUUAACCUGGAGUUCAGUAGUUCUCACCUGUGAAUGAAGAUGCAGUGCGCUCUAGCAAGUGUCAAUGGAGCUCGGGUGGAGCUGGCUGAUGGUCGAGCAUUUAUAUUUGGACGAGGUCCUGAUUCCAGAGUUGCAGAUAAAAAAUGCUCAAGGCAUCAGGUGAAACUUGUGGCCGACUAUGCUAAACAGGAAGUUCUGGUUACACAGCUCGGGCCCAACCCAUGUUCAGUAGAUGGCCAGUCUUUAGGUCGUGGCCAGUCUGCAUGCCUGACAUCUGGAUGCACACUCUACCUGGUUGAUCAGUCCCAUCCAUUCACAGUGGAAUUUGCUGGAAUUUCAAAUGAAAACUAUUCCUCUCCUCAAAAGGAGAAAAGAAAAGCAGCAAAUGAAAGCAAAGACAGUCAAAGCAGCUCAAAGGAUGAGACCCAGAAGUCAGCCCCCAAGAGGAACAUGAAGGAUUACUUUGCUUCAUCACCAAAAAAGGCAAUAAAAAGACCACACAGCCCACAAGAUGAAGUCCCUGAUAUGAAACGAGGACGGGGCAAUGAGGAUGAUGAGGAGACCUCAUCUGAGGAGAAGCUCAGGCACUUGCAAGAAUUUGCACAGAAAGAAAGUGAUGACACCCUGGACUCACCAUCAGCAAAACCCAAUGCUCCUUCUUCCACUUGCUCUCAGAGUCACUGGCAACAAACAGGCAGCCUGAUGCUCUACACUGCUGCAGGGGUUUCUGAAAGCUCCAAAAUUGCAGGGUUUGACAUUGACGGCUGUAUUAUCACUACAAAGUCGGGGAAAGUUUUUCCCACAAGUCCAGAUGACUGGAGAAUUCUUUACCCAGAGAUACAGCCCAGACUGGCCAGUCUGUUAAAGAAAGGAUUCAAGGUGGUAUUUUUUACCAAUCAGAUGGGCAUUUCUCGAGGCAAACUCAGACCAGAGGUGUUCAAAUCAAAAGUUGAGGAUAUUCUAGAGACACUGCAGUUGCCUGUCCAGGUGUUUGUUUCCACAGCUCCAGGUAUUUACAGAAAGCCUGUGAUGGGAAUGUGGGAACAUUUGUGUGAGAAGGCAAACGGUGGAAUGACUGUUGACAAAUCACAGAGUUUCUAUGUUGGAGAUGCAGCAGGUCGUCCUGCUAACUGGGCCCCAGGGAAAAAGAAGAAAGACUUUUCCUGCAGUGACAGACUGUUUGCUCUCAACAUUGGUCUUCAGUUUCACACUCCUGAGGAAUUCUUCUUGGGCUGGAAGCCGGCUCAGUUCAGCAUGCCAACUUUUGACCCUAGAAAUUUAGACACUAAAAUGCGUCUUUACGAUCCUCCUGAUGCCACCCUCACAUCUACCAAACAGGAAGUCAUUGUUGCAGUGGGAUUCCCUGGAUCGGGCAAAUCUACCUUUUUCCAGACACACAUCAUUCCAAAAGGCUAUGCAUAUGUGAACAGGGACAUGCUUGGCUCCUGGCAGCAGUGUGUGACCGCAUGUGAACGCGCUCUAAAGGAAGGCCGAAGCGUAGCAGUGGAUAACACUAAUCCUGACCCUGAGUCUAGAAAAAGAUAUGUAGACGUCAGUCGAGACGCUGGAGUUCCAUGCAGAUGUUUCAACUUCACGACAACUUUGGAACAAGCAAAGCAUAACAACCGGUUCCGUGACAUGGUUCCUUCUGCCACCAAGCACGUCCCAGUAAAUGACAUGGUCUUCCACAGCUACAAGAAGAAGUUUGUUGCACCCAGUUUGUCGGAGGGCUUCUCUGAAAUGCUGCAGAUUAAUUUUGUGCCUAGUUUUAAUGACAAGAGAUCUGAGUUUCUCUACAGGCAGUUCUCUGAGGGCUGAGCAUUAUGUUAAAAACUUGGACUCUUGUCCAAAAAGAAAAAGUUUACAGGUGAAUAAGAAACCCCUCAUUUAAGAAUCAGGGAUUUAUUGAAAUACAGUCCUAAUAGAAAUGUUGUGUCAUAUUGUCUUGUCCAAAUACUUUUCAGUAAUCUUUUAAAAGUUCUGACUUUCACUUUAAUUUGUUACUAUUUUGUUUUAUUCAGUCAUAGCUGCUGAAAUUUCCCUGAUUGUAGAUUUUACUGUAAUAAAGAAAAAAGAAAAAAUUCA